AUGUUCCAUUUAUUUUUCGUCUGCGCUCUUCACUCGCUACUCUCUUGUCCUUUGUCCUCCAGGCACUGGUGCUUGCACUUCGACUCGUGCUCCUUCUGGGUCGCUUUCGGCGUCUUCGUCUCGCGAAUCUUCUUCGAAACCACGUGCUUCAUCAUGUUCCUGCUCAUCGCGCACGGCCUGGGCAUCACGCAGGAUUCGCUAUCCAUGGCGCAGAGGCGCUCUAUAGCGGGGCUCAGCGGCAUGCUCUACAUCUCUAUUACCGCGUACAAGGCUGCGCUUCCGCACUUCCAGAUCAUUUUAACCGGCGUCUACACUCUACUGCUGUACGCCAUAUUCUCGAACGUUGCGCGGAGAAUGGGCGCGCUGCAGGAGCAGCUGCGGCAGGCGGAGGCGGAGGGCGCGGCGGUGGAGGGGGGAGCGGGGAGCGCGCUGUACCCCGCACUGCUGCACCGCCUGGCGCUGUUCCGACGGUUCCAGGGUGCCAUGCUGGCGAUAGUCUUCAUCGAAAUAAUCCUUCAAACCAAGUCGGACGUGCUGGGUCCCUACUGGGUGCGGCUGCAGCUGAGGGAGGUAGCGGAGAUCGCCGUAUUCCUCUUUAUAGGGUGGACGUUCCGGUCGCGGGUGAUGGCGCCGAUCUUCAUGCUGCUGCCCGCGGAGCAGCACGCUCUCCCGCCCAUCCACCGCGUCGACAUGGACGACAAGGGCUUUCAACGGCUGAGAUCAAAGGACUGGACCAUCGGAAUCUGCACGACGAGCGUCUCCUCCUCCGCGUCGGGAGCUGCUGGCAGUGCUGGCUUUGCAUGUAACGCGGGAGCGCCCAUGGUGGUGGUGGUUCAAAACCCGCAAGCCGCCUCGCCGUCGCUCUCCCCCGCUCUCCACCCCAACUCCAUGCCGCCGUCACUCGCCCCCUCCCCCCUUCGGCCACCCGCGGGUUCUUCCCCGCCUGUUGCCACGUCAUCUCCGCUCCCGCCACCACUGGUGCCGCUGUCGCUCUCCUCGCCGCUACUCUCGCCCAACUCCAGACUUCACACGGAAGGGCCGUGCCCGCUCGUGCCUCAACAACCAGACGAGAUGGGGGAGCAGGGAAUACAGCAGCAAGGGCAGGUGCUAUAG